UCAUCUAACAUUUCUCUCUCUAAACAAAAACAAAUUCAAAAAAAAUAAAAAAAUUCUACUUUUUAUUUGAACAAAAUUGUGAUAAAAUUAAAAAUAGAUUAAUUAAGAAAAAAAUUCAUAAUAUUUGCCAAAGAAGAAGAGAAGCUUAAUGGGCUUCCAAAAGUUAUUCUUUUUGUUUCUCUUCUUCCUUUUUGUUGGCUUGUCUUCUCCAUCCUACAUCAAAGAUGAUGUGUUUGAGGCUCGUGUUCAAACAGGACGUGCCCUUCUUCAACAACAAGGAAAUUGUCCCAUUGAUUUUGAGAGGGAAAACUACACCAUAAUAACUAGCCAAUGCAAAGGACCUAACUACAAUUCAACAAUAUGUUGCAAUGCAUUCAAGCAAUUAGCAUGCAAACAUGCAAAAGAGCUAAAUAAUGUGCAAAAUGGAUGUGCUGUGACUAUGUUUAAUUACAUUAAUCUUUAUGGCAAAUAUCCACCUGGACUUUUUUCAAAUAUGUGCAAAGAGGACAAAGAAGGUCUAGAUUGCAAAAAUGUUAUUCAACCUCAAGUCAAAAAUGAUGAAAAAAAGAGCAAUUCUACAAGAGGUAAUCAAAGUUCAACAAUUCUAAUGGUGAUUACCACUUUACUAAUGAUAAUAAUGAUGUUAAGUAUAUGAAUGAUGAAUGAUAUUGAUUUUUUAUUUAUUUUUUUAAAAUUUAUUUUGGUCCUUUCUUAUGUAAUACUUUCAUUUACAUAAAUAUAUCAUUAUAAUUGGACCUGUAUGUAAUAAUUCUUUUAUUAACGAAUGAUUUAUAAAAAUGGCCUUAGAGGUGGGUGGUUUUAAAUUUUGUUCUCGUUUGUUCCGUGGGCAAAAUUUCAAGUGUAAAAAUUUUGUCCUUGAAAGUUUGUCCACGGGCGAGCGAGGAAGGUCAAAGGUUCAAGACCAUCAAUUUUCAAGCUAAGGUCAUUGGUUGUA